AAUCGAGCUGCAAAGGGGAAUCUAGUGACCGAAAACAUUGUGUUUUAUCCUUUUAUACUAUAUUUUACGACCUUUUAUGAGAGAAAGUUCGCUUUUCUGAGUAUUAAGUUAGUCUAAGCAAUGUCUACAAUACAGCCAGAUGAAGAUGAUGUCAGUGGCAGCAGUGCUGCUCCAAGUCCAGUUGUGAACAGCACACCAUCUCCUUUAAAGACUAAGAAGGAAGAGUCACCAAGACGCAGUGGCAGGAAGGUCAGGCAGAGAAUCUUAUAUGGUCAUCAGUCUCAGCUCAGUGGAGCACAAGGCACACCACAGCAGCCGAGAGCCAAGAAGACAAAAGUGACACCAGAGAGUGGUUCAGAUGACGAAGAAGAAGGAAAUGAAGAAGCUGGGGAACAGUCAUCAGUAAAUAAAUCAAGUGACGACAGUGACUUGGAAACACCUGUUCAGGCGCCUACCACAGGACGAGGAAGAAAACGUGCGGCAGAAACUUCCAAAGCUACACCAGUAGCAAAAAAAGCAAAAUCAAAACAGCCCUCUGUUCGGAAGUCAUCUCAGAGGAAAUCAAGGAAAUCUAAAGGCAGUGCUGAUGCUGAGACUGAUGAGAACCAGGGGACAUUGUUUGAUAUAGUGAAAGCUGGAAAAGGUGCUCUCAGGGCUGUUGUGGAUGACUGGAUUGAGAGUUACACUGCAGACAAAGAAAACGGAAUGGUUGAUCUCAUUCACUUUUUUGUCCAGUGUUGCGGCUGCAAAGGAACUGUCACUCCUAAAAUGUUGGAGGAGGAAGAAAGUGUCAAUGCGAUCCGUCAACUGACUGAGCAGUUUGACGAGGCCAGCCAUGAAUACCCACUCAUUAUGACGGGCCCAGCGUACAAAAAAUUCAGAACGAACUUUGUAGAGUUUGUAGAUUCGUUGGUUCAGCAAUGCCAACACAGUAUAAUCUAUGAUGAGUACAUGUUGGAUACUCUGGUUUCUUGGCUAAUCAGAUUGUCAGAUUCACAAGUCCGGGCCUUUAGGCACACAAGCACUUUAGCCGGAAUGAAACUUGUUUCUGCCUUGAUACAAGUAGCAAAGCGUGUUCAUGUAGAACUGGAUAACACCCAGCGCCAGUUAGACAGUGAAAGUAGCAAAGUUUCUUCAAAGAAAGCCAUGGAAAAAAUUGAAAUGUUGAACAACAGAAGACAAGAGCUAAGACAGAAUGUCAGUGACUUGGAAGACAUGAUGAAUUUUGUGCACCAAGGAAUGUUUGUUCACAGAUACAGGGAUUCCAGACAUGAAAUCAGAGCUCUUUGCAUUGCUGAAAUGGGCCAUUGGAUGAAGGAAUACAGCUCCUACUUCCUGAGUGACAAGUUUCUGAAAUACACUGUGUGGAGCUUACAUGAUAAGAUUGGAGAGGUGCGCCAGAAGGCCAUCAAUUCAUUGAGAGGCCUUUACGAGGUUGACGACUUUCUUUCUCAACUGGAGCCCUUGACUGAGAGAUUUAAGGAAAGGCUUGUAGCCAUGACCUUGGACAAAGAAAAUGAAGUGGCUGUGGAGGCAGUCAAGCUGGUUAACCUUCUUCUUAUGAAUGACAAACUGGAGGAGGAAGAAUGUCAGCAGGUGGAGUUCCUUGUGUUCUGCACAAGUCGGAAUGUGGCAAAGGCAGCAGGAGAAUUUCUUAAAGAUAGGCUGGUUUUGGCUGCUGAUGAAGAAAUGAAGAGAGCGAGCAAAUCGAAAAGAGGGAAAAAAGCAGAACAGGAGAUCAAACUUGUACAGUUGAAAAAACUGAUUGAGUUUUUUAUUGUUAGCGAGGUCCACAACCACGCCGCAUACCUUGUAGACAGUUUAUGGGAAAGUAUGGACUUGCUGAAGGACUGGAAGUUGAUGACUGAUAUUCUUUUGGAUAAGAGUGACAAGCAAGGUUUGAACGACAGUGAAGAAAUGGCAUUGAUUGACAUCAUGGUCUGCGCCUGUAAACAAGCCUCCACCCGCCAGGGCCCUCCUGGAAGAGCAGUUCGUAAAGUGAAAGAAAACAAGUCUACUGUAAAUGAAAAAAAGGACCUGAGUGCGCAUUUUAUGCAGACUCUACCAGGCUUGUUAAAUAAGUUUGGAACAGAUAUUGAAAACGUCACAAACCUAGUAUCACUUCCCCAGUACUUUGACCUUGAGGAAUAUGGACAGCGGAGACUGGGAAAGUAUUUGAAUGAACUUCUGAAACAACUCUCUGAAAUUGUGGAGAAACACUCCAAUGUGGAUGUUUUGGAUGAAUGUGGAAAGAGCUUUAGAACACUCACGGACAAUGACUUCACUUUGGCCUCUUCAGCUGAUGUGGCCAAAAGUAAGCUGAUUGAUUCAUUUGUGGCAAAGUUUAAAGAAAAUGUGAAGAGUGGCCUUGACGCAAUAUUGGAGCUGACCUUCUCAAGCAUGCAAAUGUUACUCGUUUGGAGUCUUACGGAGAUAGAUAUUAACGAACCGGAUAAGCAUGAGAUGCGCACCCUGAAAAAGAGAGUGAAUCAGUUUAUGUCACACUGCGAUGAGCUCAUACAGUUCAGUACAGAUUCUGUUCAGAGAGUGGCGUUUUGCUGUAUCUGUGACUUGCUGAUCAUUUUUGCUAAGCAAUUAAAGAACAGAGCCCCCACUCUGGCGCCUUUGGUAUACGAAGCUGAUCACACCACCCAAGUGAGGCUUAGAGAUUACGUCAUCAGUCACGUGUUCAUUGACUUGGACGAGGACGAAACAGAGGAUGAAGAUGAGGACCAGACAGACAGCAGUGCUUUGGAGUUGAGCAAAAAACGGACAGUUCUGGCAGGAUUCUGUAAACUCGUCGCAUAUAAUGUGAUUGAUAUGAAGCUGGUUUCUCCGAUUUUCGCAUUCCUUAUCAGGGCGUACAGUAACUAUGGUGAUAUCAUACGUCAUACUAUGACAAAAUGCCGAGAUAUCAGUAAUUCAGCCUUUGCCAAAGCCUUGCUUCUGAGUCUUCAACAAGAGUUUGAAAAAUUUAAAGACGACAACGACGGAACUGCAGAGACGAACUCAAAGGAAUUUUCUGGAGUCAAGGAACUCGCCCGCAGAUUUGCGCUCUCAGUCGGCGUAGACACAACGAAGCCUCAGUCUCGGGAAUGUGUUGUAACUUUACACAGGGAAGGUAUUAAAUACAGUCUGAGAAAUGGAGAUGUACAGAGGGGUGAAGAUGAACCACCAAACAAUCUUCAAUUUUUGGACGUGUUGAACGAAUUUACGUUCAAGUUAAUCGCUCAGGAUAAGGCAGGGAAAGGUGGCGUUUUAUCAUUUCUGGAUGAAAAUGCCAAAGGGAUGAUUCACAAAAAGGGAGGUCAGUGGAGUCCUUUGAUAUCUUACAGGAAUGGCCUGACCGGACAGGACGAGGAGGAAGAAGGACAGCCAAAAGGAAGUCGCGCAAAAAGAAAACUACCCAUGGAAGGGGACGAGAGUAAAGAGGAAGAAGGGAUAUCCAAACAAAAUAAAACAAAGGCAAAACAACAGAAGCCGAAAGCUCCUCGUGGACGGCCUCAGAAGUCGACCACCUCAACAGCACAACAGACCGUACUCUCCACGGCAAAACCUGUUAGACCUGUCACACCAGUUGUGGAAGAGCCUGAAGCUGGUGAUGACAGCAAUGAGGAUGAUGACACUAUGUCAUCCGGAUCAGAAGAAUGGUCACAGGAAGACCAGGCUCCAUUGUCUUCUAUGAUGAAACCAAACCAAACGACCGAUAAAAUUGAGGAUAACACAGAGGAAGCGUCAACGGCUGAGAAACAAGGAGCGGUGAAAAGGAAGCGAGAGGAGACAUCACAGUCUGACGAAGAGGAAGACGAAGACGAAGAACAAGACCUCGAUGACCAAGAUUUUGAAAGUCCUCCAGCAUCAUCUCAGAGAUCGUGGUUAUCCAGUCAAAAAGGUCGCCAAGACAGCAAAAAGGCUCGAUUAAGUUACAGCAAAAAGGAUACGUCGGGGAUCGGCCGUACAAGUCUUGAGGAUAUUGAAGACGAGGAUGAAAUCGAAGAAUAUGAGAGUGAAGACGACACAGACAAGGAAAAAACGAAGGCACCAGUACGAGCAAGAAGAGAGAAAAAAGAACUACCUGAUGAUUUCUUUGAUGACUCGCAGGAAGAGAAAGAGACGGAAGAUGAAUCAUCUCUGGAGACAGCUUUCUGAAAUCUUCAGAGUACAUUGAUGGAAAACAAGACACUCUCAUUCGGCUUAGAGCUUGUAAUAUUUAUUGACGUUGUUUUUGUACAGAGUUCAAAGACCUUCUUUAGAGUAGAUUAACUGUUUUUUUUUUUUAAGUAAGUAUUUAAAGAUUUUAAAGAUUCGACUAGUACUCUUUCAAAACUGAUUAGGAAAAUUCAUUCAUGCAUUGAUACUGAAAAGUUCCGCAUUUGCGACGUAACUCGAGGAGAGGGAGACUGCUCGUUGUCUAAAAUUACACAGCUGUGAACUUACCAGUCAGUUUAUUCAAAACAGUCGCAGCGGUUUUAAUGCCAUAUAAGUUUACAGGUUUUAAACGUUCUUCUCUACAUAUACUUUAUUAAAGCUCUAUUUUAAAAAUGAA